AUGAUGGCUAGCAGUGCUUCUGCUAAAUUCAAGACAGCUGUAGAUGGAAUAAAAAAACGAAAAUUGCUAAUAAUAAACGGAAAUUUACUUGACUUUAUUUUAGAAAGAUGCCCAGAAAAAGCAUGGAAACCGCCAUCUCUAAAAUGCCCAAAAAACCUCACUUUAUACAAUAGCUUGACAAAAAAGAAAGAACUUUUUGUGCCAAUUGAUUCGAAACAGGUUAAAUGGUAUAUUUGUGGACCAACAGUUUACGAUUCAGCACAUAUGGGACAUGCACGAGCGUAUCUUUCUUUUGAUAUUUUGCGACGUGUUUUACAGAAUUACUUUGGUUAUGAUAUACAGGCUCGUCAACAUCAUUUGUUAAAAAAUUACUUGGCUGGAAAAUACGGUGAACUUUCAGUGACUCAAAUUAUUGAAGACGUCAUACUUGCUUUAAAUUUUCUCAGAAAAAAGUGUAUGAAUGAAACAGAUCCAGACAAGAAGAAGCUUAUGGCUGAUGUAGGUGAAUAUGUAAAUAUCGCUGUAAAGAAACUAAAAGAUUCUCUCGAAAAAUCAGAGAAAAAUGAAAUAGACAAAUCAAAAGAUGAACUACUAUAUGCGGCAGAAGAUAUGCUCUCAGAUUGGCUAGAUGCAGUUUAUGGAAGUACAGUGGACGAUCUGACAGUGUUCGAGAGAUUAGCUAAGAAGUAUGAAAGCGAAUUUCUCUCUGAUAUGGCUCAACUAAAUGUGCUACCACCAACUAUUUUGACUCGUGUUUCGGAAUACAUCCCUGAGAUUAUUAAAUACGUGCAGAAAAUAGUAGAAAAUGGUUUUGGUUAUGUAGUCGAAGAUGGUUCAGUUUAUUUUGAUACGAUAAAAUUUGAUAAUAGCGACAAACAUUUUUAUUGCAAACUGGUACCAGAAGCAUUUACUGAUCGGCAAGAACUAAUGAAGAGUAUGCAGGAAAGUGAAGGGGAAUUAAGUAUGGGCAAUUUUCAAUGCUUUCAGAACAAAAGAAAUGUCACUGAUUUUGUUUUAUGGAAAGCAUCAAAACAAGGUGAACCAUACUGGCACAGUCCAUGGGGAAAUGGUCGUCCAGGAUGGCAUAUUGAGUGUUCUGCUAUGAGCUCGAAAAUUUGUGGCCCCUCUUUAGACAUUCAUGCUGGUGGUUUCGAUUUGAAGUUUCCGCAUCACGAUAAUGAAAUGGCACAAGUGGAAGCUUAUUAUGGUAUUGAUAAUUGGGUCAACUAUUUUUUGCAUUGCGGUACUUUGAGAAUUGCUGGCUUGAAGAUGUCAAAAAGUUUGAAAAAUUUCAUAACAAUUCGUGACGUGUUAAAACAGUAUACUGCUAGACAGCUGAGAAUAUUGUUUCUCAUGCAUAACUGGAAUGAUGUGCUUGACUAUAGUUCGAGUUCAAUGGAAAGAGCUUUACAAUUCGAAAAAGUCAUUGGUGAAUUCUUCUUGCUUAUUAAAAGCUAUUUACGAAAAUAUUAUAAACCAAAUUGUAGUGAGAGCUACCAGAAAAUGAACGAUCGAGAACUGCAAUUGCUAUUCGAGUUUUCUAAAAUCAAGAAUGAAAUAAAUUUAGCAUUGUGUGAUUCAGUUGAUACACGAACGGUGAUUGAGAAGUUGCGACAGCUGGUUUAUGUGGGCAACGCUUACAUCACCGAAGUGGAGAAAUUAAAAAUCGGAAUUCCCAAUUGUUUGCUAUUGCGGGAUAUUGCUUCGUAUAUGACAUGGUUGUUCAAAAUAUUUGGUGUCAUUCCCGAAAAUAUUGAAAUUGGUUUUCCAAAUCAUCAUGAAAUGUUGAAGAAUGAUGUACUAGAUAAAUCUAAAGAAGAAUUACUCAUGCCUUAUUUGACAGCUCUUGUUGAAUUUCGUGAGAAUGUGCGUAAAGUGGCUCGUGAAAAAAACGUUAUUCAGAUUUUAAAGGAAUGUGAUAGAUUACGAGAUGAAAUUUUACCAGAUUUGGGUGUACGACUGGAGGAUAGGACUUCGGAAACAUGUAUUAAAAUUGUUGGUAAGGAAACUUUAAUGCGUGAGCAACAGCAAAAAGAAGCUAUUGGAGCAGCGAAAGAGAAAGAAAAACAGAGGAAAAAAUAUGAGGCAGAGAGAAAAGAAGCAAUUAAGCGCAUACCACCAUGGGAACUCUUCAAGCGGGGAGAAGAAGCAAAGAAAUAUUCUGAAUAUGAUGAAAAGGGUAUACCGAUUUCUUUCGCUAAUGGUGAAGAGAUUUCCAAAAAACUGCGGAAAAAGUUAGAAAAAUUGUAUGAAAUACAACAGAAAAACUAUUCUGAGGUAAUUUUUGUUCUAGCAUAA